AUCACCAUCAUCUUCACUGUUAGAAUGUAUAAGCCCCUACUAUGUGCAGGGCGCUGUGCUUGGUGUUGGCCUUACAAAGAAAGGUUAAAACCAGUUCCUGCCCUCAAUGAGCUCACGGUCUAACUAGGAAGAGACAACAGCCAGGACAGAGGAGCAGAGGCUCAGAGAGAAGGCCCUGGCACUGAAGAGGACCAGGAGGGGCUUCUUGAAGAAGAUGGGACUUGAAGGAAGAUCCCCGGCCCCAGGCCCCUGCAGCCCACGAUGCCAACAGAUGUGGAACCCUCUGUUCUUGCCAAGACCCUCCACCUUAUCUUCCUCUCGACCUUCUGGGGGAUGCAGAUUUGGGUGACCUUCAUUUCAGGCUUUGUGAUGGGUGGAAACCUCACCCGCCACACCCUGGGCUUCAUCCAGAGCCGGCUUUUCCCGUAUUAUUUCCACAUCGGCUCCGCCUGUUCCUUCUUCAACCUGACCAUCUUUGCCAUGUGCCACCCCAGGGAGCUGCUCAGCGAUGAAGAGACCACACAGCUCAUUGUUUUCUUCGUGUGCGUCAUUGUGUCCGCGCUGAACGCCCAGUGGUUCGGCCAGAUGACCUCAGACAUCAUGGCCGACAUGCACCUCCUGGAGCAGAGCUACGGGCUGGGCCAGGACAUCGGCUUCUUCUCCCGCAAGUCCUACACGCGGCUGCGCGAGUCCAAUGCCAAGUACAGGAAGCUGUCCAGCCAGCUCACCCGCUACUGGCUCCUCUCCUCCCUCUGCAACCUGGGUUGCCUGGCAUGUAACGGCUUCAGCCUCUACCACAUGGCCACUCACCUCUCCACCUUGUGACCAGAGGCUGGCCUGUGGGGCCGGGCCAGUGCGGGGAGGGACCUGAGCCAGGUGAUGCAGUGGGUAGUGUGGGGGCUUGGGGACAAGGAGGAAGGGACCCAGAUCCUCCCUCACAUCCUAGCCAUAUGUCCCUGGGCAAUGAAUGAGUGAGUGAGUGAAUGAAUGAAUGAAUGAGUGAAUGAGUGAGUGAGUGAGUGCAUGAAUGAAGUUUGCUCAUCUGUAAAAUGAGGAAUUUGGUCCCUUUCAGCUCUGUGUCUAUGAUCCUGUCAUCUCAGUAAGGCUGUCCAGAGCCUUUUCUUAGAAACUGAGGUCAGCUUCUGGUCACAUGGAAAGGACCUUUUGAGCUGAAGUUGUCAGAACCUUGUUUCCUGUCUACUUUCUUCCCAGAGUUUUGGUGCUGACCCACAGAUCAAUGCAUAAAUGAGUGGAAGAAUGACUCCUUGAAAGACUGAAUAAAGGGAUAGGGAGAUGAAGGGGUAGAUGGAUAAAUGGAUGAAUGGAUGAUUAAAUAGACAGAUAAAUGAUAGAUUGAUGAGUGGAUGGAUGAAUGGAUGGACA